AUGGAGUCACCCACCGAGUCAUCCAUCAAGUCACCCACCAAGUCGCCUGUCAGGUCCCCUAUCAAAUCCCCCAUCGAAUCCCCCAUAGGGUCACCUAUGGAGUCACCUACCGAGUCACCCACCGAGUCACCCACCGAGUCCCCUAUCAAAUCUUCCAUCGAAUCUCCUGUGGAGUCUCCCACAAAAUCCCCCAUUGCGUCACCCAUCGAGUCUCCCGCUCAAAGCGUCUCUGUGCCACAAUUCACCGUUCCCCCGGGAUGGACCACGAAUCCUCCGGGUAGUUUUUUCCAAAAAGAAUGGGAGGGAGUUGACUCGGCAGGUCAAGAAAUGGCUCGAGACCAUGGUCUUGGUCCCGGACGACCGAUAAUGGAGGAUAAAGAUGCCUACUACACAAUUUUCCAGUCCGGCGAAAAGUUUUAUCUCUGGUAUCAGAUGUAUCAUGGCGUGGACGAAAUCGCCUCUCGGGAUAUACAUGAAAUCGCUCAUGCUCUGGCUCAAGGAGGACUUAAGCACCUACAGACCGGUCCUGCCACUCAAGUUCCCGAUUCUGGUCUUUGA